AUGGCCGAUGCCAUGGCUCCAUAUUGCACUUCGGCCUCGUGGUUGUGCUACCCUUCAUCCGGUGUAUCCCAGACGCAGAUCCGUUACCAUCGGAGCCUGAUCCUCACGAUGAACGGGCUCCAGGAUAAUCUAUUCUUCCAAUCAAAGAAAACAGCGGAGUGCAUGAAGUUGUUGUUAGCGGACGUUCGCGCGUCGUGGGAGAAGAACUUGCCAGGCAAGCACGACGCCAAGUGGAUCGCAACUUGCUCUCAGCGCUUCCUUGCCAUGUGCAAGCGCGUCGCCAGGGCCGAGCGUAACGAGAGCGCAUGGCUACAGCAAGCUUUGUACUGCGAGAUCGAGUCUAAUCCCGAUGGGCGCCUUGGCGCGCGACGCAGCGAUGUCGACGGGGAUCCGCCUGAGGACAAGCCAGGGGCCAUGGGCUCCUUCCUCCAGGGCUGCGGCGGCAUCGACGCCCCGAACUCGGGCGACGAGAAGAUGUCCAAGGGCACGGACUCGGGCGACGAGAAGAUGUCCAAGGGCACGAACGACGAGAGUGAAGACGAGGGCGACGGCUGUGACAAGGUGCCGUCCGAGGAGGAGUGGAGCGAGGACGAGGGCGACGGCUGCGACGAGGUGCCGUCUAAGGAGGACUUGGGCAAGGACGAGGGCGACGGCUUUGACAAGGUGCCCGAUCCCCCUGUCUAUUGGUACGGCUACGACGUCAACCAGGAGAUGGCAUGGCGGAUCCGCGCCGACGGCAAGCCUAACAAGAAGGUCUACGUCAGGGAUGGGUACAGCAGGCCAGACGACCUCUUGUGGGCGACCUGGCCAGACGGGGGCUUCUGGCAAGUGGAUGACGUCACCGUCAAUGAGUUCAAGACGAAACAGUUGCUGGAGAGGUCGACGAAGGGAUCUGGCGAUCUCUUCACGUGCACCGACGGCAGCGGGGUGAAGUACACCAUCAUGAAGACCAAGAAGACCAAGACGGUCGAUGGCGUGAUGCUCCUGGCGUUCCGCUCCACGGACCGCACCAAGGACGGCAAGGGGCAGAUCCUGCAGCUGAUGACGAAGGAGUUCGAUUCGAGCGAGGCUGCCAUUGCGGCGAUGACAGAUGCAGUCAAAGUGAUCGCGGAGGGCAAGAUCGGCGACAGCAGGAAGGAGCGUUACGCCCUGCUGCAGGAUGUCAAAAACAAGUACUUCGAGAAGGAUGGCAAACCUAAUGGGACUGAGCUCGCGACGACGCCGCCACCUAAGAAGACCAAGGUAGCUGACGGGGCCGACAAUCAGCAGUCCACUGACAAGAGGGCCAUCACCACGGGUGCAAGCGCAACUGUGGAGCUCGGAGUCGCAACCACGCCCAUCGGUAACAAGAAAAAGAAGAAGAAUAAGAAGAAGAAGACGAUCAAGAAGGCCAAGAAGCCCAAGGGCACGAGUGGCUCAGCUGCGGCUGGCGCUGUCCAGGAGGAGGUCGCGCCCCCAGUCGAACCCGACCUGAAGGGCGUCCCCAAGAGGAAGCGCAAGAAGGCGAAGGGCUCCAGGUUCAAGAAGUCGAAGACGGUGGCCUUCGACAAAGCCGACAAGCCCGAGAGCAACACCAAGAACGACAAGAACGACAACGGCGACAAGAACGACAAAGGCGACAAGCCCGAGAGCAACGACAAGAACGGCAAAGGCGACAAGCCCGAGAGCGACGACGAGAACGGCAAAGGCGACAAGCCCGAGAGCAACGACGACAAGCACGGCGACGUGCAGGAGAUCGUCAGCAGCGACGGCGACGAGCUCGUAGACAACGACACGGCCGACUUCUUCUCAUAG